GACGUGCUUGCCUGCUGCGGAGCUGGGCCGCGCGGAAUUGUGCGCCCGGGGUUCCUGGGCCUCCCGUGGCUCCGAACCGAACGCUUCUCUCUGCAGCCGCGUGGCAUCAGGGGACAGGGCCUCAGGGUUGUUUCCACGGCUCCAGGUGUGGGCGGGCCGGUGGCCAUGUGCUCUCACGACCUGGUCCCCAGCUGCCCUGGGAGUUCUUAGUUAUUUUUCCUGAAAAUUUUUGUAUUUCUAGGGCCCAGUCUAUCUAACACUUAUUCUGGCUUCCUUUUCUCCGUUUUCAGUGGUUAGCAUUGUUCUGCUGUUUACUCGAUUAUUCCUAUUUUUCCUGGCUUCUCUCCCUUUAUUUGCCCCUACACUCUCUUCUUGCUAAGGCUAAAUCUCUGCAUUGACCUGUCUCUGGGCUGGCUUCACCGUCUUAAUUAGUACACGUUUGUUUUCAUUUUCCUUGCUUCCGAUGAUGCUUUUUUUCGUUUUUAUUAUUCUGAGUAUUUUUUUGUAAAGUCCUUUUUAAGGCCUGAGUCAACUCGCAGGCCAAUCUAAGGGUAGAUUGCAAUUUACUUACUAAAAAUGGCGUAUUCUUACUCAAGCUCCCUGAAGCUGCAGGAUACCGGUGCUGGCAUUUGUUGAGUGUUUCCUGUGCCUGAAGCCCCAGUAAGUGACUUCAUCCAUGACAACUGUCUUGUGAACAGGCUCCUGAGGCUCCUGGCCGGAAGCUGGAGGGGGCUUGAUCAACAAGAGCGAGAAACGACUCCGUUGUGCUUUCUAGCUCUGAGAUAGAAAAUGUCUGCAGACGGCGGAGGCAUCCGGGCUGCCCAGGACAAGGAGAGAGCCGGAGAGACUCCAGGUCGUGGGCAUUCUGGUCAAGAAAUGCUUUCUGAGUCGGAGCAGACGGCACCGUCAGGAGCCGCUCGGGAGUCACCCCACAUCAAGAUGGAGCCGGAGGAGCCGCAGCCCAAGGGGGUGUCGCAGGAGGCCAGAGCUCAGGGAGCAUGGGGCUGGGAGCCCCCAAGCCGGGGCUCUAAGGAGAAAGCAUGUGUCCUGUCUGGCGGAGCCCUCCCGUCCCCCCAGGCCCCUGUGCUUUCCCACGAGGGGAGGACCAGAGACCCGCGGAUGGCUGCGGCGCUCCUCACCGCCUGGUCCCAGAUGCCGGUGACCUUUGAGGACGUGGCUCUGUACCUCUCCUGGGAGGAGUGGGGGCGGCUGGACCACACACAGCAGAGCUUCUACAGGGAUGUUCUGCAGCAGAGGAACAGGCUGUCCUUGGCAGGGGGUCCCUUCAGCAGACCUGUCUGGGUCUCUCCAGCACAGGGCAAGGGCGAGGCCCCGAGCUCCAGCCGGCCGAUGGGAGAAGAGGAGGAGAAGAGAGAAUCCCCCUGGGUCCCUCGUGCAAGACUAUCUCUUGCUGGAAACCCUCUUUGUUCAGGAGCCGCGCAGCUGGGGAAGGAGGAGCUGGCUCCGUCCCUGACAGCCCUUGGGGAUGUGAAGUCCUUCAAAAACAGGGUGGGGAGAACCCAGGGGGACCCCCUGCAGUGCGGGCAGUCGGCAGCCAGCGGCCAGAGCUCAGGGCCCACCAAAGACCAUGUGCGGCCCAGGCCCCCCGAGCAGGGACAGCUGGAAGCAGCCCCGCCUGACGGCGGCCUCCCCAAGGCCCAGGAGGGCCGCGUCCCAGAGCAGCCCAGCGAGGCGGAGUCAGCCGCCCCGGAGAGCGAGAGCGGCGACGAGGGCCUGGCCCCCGACGCGGACGCGGGCAAGAAGACCUACCGGUGCGAGCAGUGCGGCAAGGCCUUCAGCUGGCACUCGCACCUGGUGACGCACCGGCGCACGCACACGGGCGAGAAGCCCUACACCUGCACGGACUGCGGCAAGCGCUUCGGCCGCAGCUCGCACCUCAUCCAGCACCAGAUCAUCCAUACCGGCGAGAAGCCCUACACCUGCCCGUCCUGCUGGAAGAGCUUCAGCCACCACUCGACGCUCAUCCAGCACCAGCGCAUCCACACGGGCGAGAAGCCCUACGUGUGCGACUGCUGCGCCAAGCGCUUCACCCGCCGCUCGGACCUGGUCACCCACCAGGGCACCCACACGGGCGCCAAGCCGCACAAGUGCCCCAUCUGCGGCAAGUGCUUCACGCAGAGCUCGGCGCUGGUCACCCACCAGCGCACCCACACCGGGGUCAAGCCCUACCCGUGCCCCGAGUGCGGCAAGUGCUUCAGCCAGCGCUCCAACCUCAUCGCGCACAACCGCACGCACACGGGCGAGAAGCCCUACCACUGCCUCGACUGCGGCAAGAGCUUCAGCCACAGCUCGCACCUCACCGCCCACCAGCGCACCCACCGCGGCGUCCGGCCCUACUCGUGCCCCCUGUGCGGCAAGAGCUUCAGCCGGCGCUCCAACCUGCACCGGCACGAGAAGAUCCACACGGCGGGGCCCAAGGCCCUGGCCAUGCUGAUGCUGGGGGCGGCCGGGGCCCUGGCGGCACCCCCGCCGGCCCCCACCUAGGAGGCCGAGCAGGAGGGGCCAGGCGGGGGAGCGGGGGUGGCAGGAGGAGCCGGCAGCUGCUGAGGGGGUGUGACCUGGCGCGGCCAGGGAGGGACUUGCUGGGAAAGUGCUGGGAUGGGGGUUGGGGCGCGGCGGCGCAGGAGGAGCUAGGGUGAGGAGCGGGCAUGCUGGCGGAAAAUUAAAGGCCUUGGAAUUCAA